UCGCUCUUGUUGUUGUUGUUGUUGUUGUUGUUCUUGUUCUUGCUCUUGCUCUUGUGGUUUUCUAGCGAGGCGUACGGCGGUUGUUCUGCUUUUACCUUCCUGACUUCUGCUCUCCCGGGCUUUGUUGAUCCGGUGUUGUGACCGCUCAAGCUACACGCGGCAUCGCGUCGUCCCCGCCAGGCCAGCUUUGUACACCCACCUCAAGCGGCUGCCAGCAUUGACUUGUUGCCCCAACAGACAACAGACGCCCGUCAUCUCCCUCCUCGCCCUCUCUGCCCCUCUCCUCUCCUCAGUCCACACGACGCCCGCGGACGCAUAGCGGCGGCAGCAACACUACCACCACCAGCAUCACCUCGUCGCGUGCGUCCGUGUCGAGAAGUGGGACCGUGGAAAAGUGCCAUUCGCAGCACUCAGGCUCGCGCAUGGCAGCAGCACGAGCUGCCACACGACUCCCAGCUGCUCUCACGCCGAGUCCAAAUUCAGGUGCUUUGCAGGAUGGCAAGCAGAAGAGCGCCGCUGGCCGCCGUGCCUAACGCCGUCAACUCGCCGAUGCGCAGCGUGUCUGCCGUCAACGGGAAGCGAACGCGUGCCCACGCCGGGGAACAACAGUCUGUCUAUGGACAACCCCCAGUCAAAAAGCACAUCGUCGAGCUGCCUGCUGGCAACGAAGAGAAUGUGGACCCACGGAGGAGGAUUGGCGUUCCUGCCCUUGGUCUGGACAAGCUAGAGGAACCCUUCUUGAAGCGCGCGAGCCAUGCUCCUCCCACGGCGUUUGAGAAGAAGCUCGCGUCGGUUCGUGACAAGAGGACCACCCCCCAGCAUACACAGCAGUUGCGCGAAGGCCGCUUGCAGAAGCAGCAUGCCGAUAACAUCGAGUCCAUUCGCCAGUGGCAGAGACACUACCGUCGCCAAUUUCCUGGGUUUGUCUUUUACUUUGACAGCGUGUCCGAUGAAAUUAGACACAAGGCGGUACAUAAGGUCCAGGCUCUUGGUGCUCGAGAAGACAAGUUCUUUUCUAAUGCCGUCACGCAUGUCGUGACCUCGCGAGCCAUCCCUACUGAGACGGCGAACACCAGUCCGGACCAUGACGAGAAUGAAGCCCUCCGGCAGCGCAGUGUACAACAAUUGUUGCCCAAUACCAAUCCACGUCGGCCCACGAGCGCGUUGGACACUCACAUCCAACGUCGAUCUCAGCUUUCGCUGGCAUCCGUGCAGCCCAGCCUGGAGACUCGUCGCACGCAGUCUCACAGCGCUGAUAUAUUGUCCAAAGCACGCGCGCUCGGCACCAAGAUCUGGGCUCUGGAGAAGCUGCACCGCGUUCUCGACACCAUCUUGGACAAUGAUGCAGGCGAACAUGCUGUUGACUCUCGUGGCACGGCUGUCAAUCGGCCUCCGAGCAAUAACGCCCGCGAUGCUGAUCUGGAACAGCUGCUGCGCCACGAGAAGGUCAAAGGUCCCACCGACCGAGACAUGACUGUUGCCACGCAGGACGUAAUCACCUUACGAGGUUGCUAUAUUUACGUGCACGACAUGGACGAGAAAACGAAGCCAGUCAUGGUGCGUGACUACUCAAAACCCCAGACCAAGGAACAAGGCAAAUGGCCUCAAUUUAGGUUGUCCGCCCCUGGCCGAUGUCCCUUCAUCGAAGAUCCCGCGUACGCCAAGAAGAAGAUGGUACAAGAGGACCGCGAAGUCCUAGAGCCUCGGGACGUGGUACAGCGCAAGACUAGAGCAGGAGUUGCUUCUCAGCUUGUGCCACCCCUCGCAACCAUUACAGGGAACGAAAUGACCCUGCGAAGAUCGCCGCGUACGUUGGCACAAAAUGACAUGGCUGGCAUGACGCAGCCGCCGCCCCCUCCAUACCCAGGAGUCGCGAGACGACAGCCGUCCGUCGAGGCCUCUGCUACCUUCUACAAUAGUGCCCAGGCCAACAUGCGUGGUCCUCCGCGAAUGGUUCGCGGGGAGCCUGUCGCUUCGGGUGUACAGCCAUCGAAUGUGACCUCUGCCAUCCGCUCUCAGGCCGUAUCCUCAGCUGCAAUUUCUUCUACGACCGGCCUGAGUCGCCGUGUGGGAGACAGCCGCGAAAUGUCUUUGCUGAAACGCAAAGUUCUUACAUCUACCAGUAUACCCACAUCGUACGCCAACGAUGUGCGUGCUGCCAUUAACGAUGAUUCCGCGCCACCGCCUCGCGCAGCGAAGCGAAAGGCUCAGGAAACUCUUGGUGUUGUGUACGAACACGAGAAUGGCGGUACUGGGGCUCGACAGGCGUGCGCCACUACUGCUCAGAAGCGCAAGAAGGUUGUAGAAAAGGAAGCGAAGCCAGGUUAUUGUGAAAAUUGUCGUGACAAAUUCGAUGACUUUGACGAUCAUAUUGCCUCUCGAAAGCAUCGAAAGUUCGCUACGGCGGCUGAAAAUUGGCAGGAGCUCGAUGAGCUUCUGGCUCUACUGAAGCGACCUCACAAGAAGCGUUAAUCACCAUGUGCGCGUGGCAAGGGGGGACGAGACGACGACAAACACGAGAGGAGCAUGCUCAUCGUACUGUAUCUUGUAUCUCGCAGGCAGCAUAGGCGCAUUUCUUUCGAGUCUUGGCGUCAGCACUGUAUGGCUUCAUGUUGCUUUGCAAAGAGCACAUACGUAGCGAAGGGCGCAGGAAGAUGCAAUGGACGCUCCCGAGCUGUUGGCAUUUGUUGUUGUUGUUUUUUUUCGCCAAAUGAGCAUCAAUGUAGGAGGUAGUAGUAGAGUGUAGAGAUUAUACCUAAUUGGUCUGUUUGACAUGGC